CAAUGAGCGCGAGUGGCCUUGAUGUGCACAGCCUCUCCACAUGCAGUGUGACGUGAACAACAACCACCUAGGUCUUUCUCUUCGUGUAAAUCUUAAUGUUGCCCUUGUACAGAGGUCGCUAUUUUUGAUAAAGUAUUUCCACCGAAAUAUGUGUUCUGCUUCUCAAUUACAGUUUGCUGCGGUGUGUGUGAUACCUAAUUGUCUACUACACCUUGCACUCAGCUGACGUUUGUGAGGUUUGCACACUUUAGUCAGGUAUGACUACCGGAUGUCUUCUGUUGUAUUGAGUCACAUUUUGUAAAAACUUCAGUGGUUGUAUGAUUAUUAAGUUGCAAGGCGUAUUGACUGACAGAACGACGAAAACUGCAUGCAGUUUAUUGGAGCCCGUUAACUCUUUUCUAGUAGAUUUCUGUAGUUGUCCAAACGCUUCUUGGAUGAUCCAAUUGAGGUUGCAGACACCACUUCUGGGAGUCGGUUCCAAGAGUUUAUGACUCGGUGUGAGAACCACUACUCAACAGCAAUAUGAUUUCUUCUUGGCUUUUGAACUCUUCUGCUAUGUCCUCUAAGGUGUUCUGACCUGUUGGAAAGGAAGAAAGAGAAUAGGUCAGGUCCAUAGUCAUUAAAAUUUUUAACUUAAUUAAAUCUCUGUGCCUAUGGUAUGAUAGGGAAAAGAGAUUUAAACUGUCUAGUCUUCCCUCGUAUGAUAGAUUAGUCAUGCCGUGAGCCAUCCGUGUUUCCUUCCUCUGAACCCUUUCUAGAAUAUGUGAGUCCCCUCUAAGACAAGAACCGGCUGCCUGGAUAUAAUUUUCCAGUCUUGACCUUACCAGAGAUGUAUAUGAGAUGAACACGUCCCUGGUGAUUGUAGUAAAAGCUUUGCGAAUUGCCCAUUAUGAGCUGAAACGACGUGCAGCCAUGGGGUGAUAGUGUGCUGUAGUUUUUAGAUCGUGGCUAACUAUGACACCUAAAUUCAAAUGAGUCUGAAUUGAUGGGAGUGUUAUUCCCUCUAGUUCGUAGGAGCUGAUGCCAGCGUGUCCAAUGCGCAUACUUGCGCAUUUUGCUACAUUGAUUGGGAGCAUCCAUUCUCUGGACCAAUCUGACAAUUUGUUGUACGUGAGUGAUGUAUUUGAAAUACUUCAACAUAGCGUUGAAGCGGUACUGUGGUGCAUUCCUUACUGUUUUUUGUCUCGCAAAACCGGCUCAGAUCCCCGAAUUCCAGUUUGGGGCUUGCCCUCUGCGAAGCUGUAGACUGACAACACUGAACUAGCAUGUUACUGGUCGACCCUGUUGUGCCAACAUGAGGACGACUACUGAGCAGACAUGUGGUUCUUCACAUCUGACUCGAACAUAGUCUUGCCAAUAGGAGUGACGUUACUGUCACCAUUUAAAUAUGAAGAAUCCAUCAUAUUUGGGAAGUACGUAGUAUUGUUGAGGCACCUUGUUUCUUUUAUUUUAUUAUGGUUAUACAUCACAGGAUUAGUUUAUACUGUAAAACUUAUCAGACUUACACCACUUCAUAAACUCAUUAGUUGGCGAUAUAUCUGCAAGAAUUUCACUGAAAAUCUCCGUCCAUUAUUUCUAAACCAGAUAGAGCCAGUUUGUUCCUUAAAACUUGGCUAUGUUUUCAUUUCCCGACCUUUCAAUCGUCCACUCAUAUUGGCUGCAUAUAGGGGAAAUAGCUCCAAUACAUGAACGUAGUAGCUACUUAUUAGGUAGGUUUGAAUACUGCACUUCAGCAGAGUUUAUUGAUACUUUUUUGGAAAAUUGUACCGAUAAAUUUCUAUUUUUCUAGAUUCUUAACAUUUACCGCUUGCAAAGGAUCUUCAGUUCCAGUUGUUCCAAGGAAUACUUGCACGGCUACUUCAAAUUAUGCGUUCGCCUGGUACUGAAAACAGCUUAAAUGUCUCUCGGCUACCAUCAGAGUCUGAUAAUUCGUCAACGAGUCAACAAAGGGCGGGUGCGUAAAUAAUACUAUUUGUGUGUAUGGGUGCAGCCAUUUUCAGUAUAUUUAUUUAUUUUACAUUUUUCCUGUUUAUGAUAAGUGUAUCAACUGAAAAUGACACGCUUAUGGAUAAGAUCCCACGUUAGUUGGUCACUCGGUGGUAUUAUGACUCAGUCAUUGGUGAACACAUAUCAGGAGUUCCUGACUAUGGCUAUAGAACCGUUCAAUGCUCCCUGAUUUUCACGGGCUCUCUUACCUGAUGUCAGUUUGUAACAAAAUCAUCCUUAAAACAAAUCUCUAAUUAAAGUCGGCUUUUUAAGUAAUAUUAGGUUUCAUACUCUCAAAUCCAUUAAAUCCCCAAGUUCUUCCAUGUUACUACUCUUUCCAACGUAAAUUUCUGCUAAUAACUAUUUCGGAUCUCUUGUCUAUCUUUUUAUAUUUGUGUGCUAUAAGGAUGGUGGCAGCUUGGACCUCACUUCUGUGCAAAGUUCUGUUUUGAAACUCAAUCAAUCAAACUGCCUGUGAAGUCCAUCAGCGAGUGUUUCCGGAUCUCACUGUCAGAACAUAUCUUUCUACUGAGUGAUUUGAGGUUUUUUCUAAAGUAAUCAUGGUGUUACAUAUGUUGCUUCCACGAAAAAUGACUCCGCCCUAAUAUACCGUCUCUACUUGUAUUAAUUGGAAGUUCUCAAAUACCAUCUGUAUUCGUAUUAUCUCCAAAAGGAUUUGUUUGUUCACUCAGUUUGACGUAUACUGCAAUUCUACUUUUCGCCGUGAUCAUUUGAAUUUAUUUUCCUUUUGCAGUUUUAUUAUGGAAGCGGGCCCUCAAAAAAGUUAAGUCUGUAGAUAUCGACCCUUGGCAUAAUUUACCAUGGAGUGAAUACCCUGUCCACUCUGCUUUCAGGCAUCGAUACAGUGCAAUUAAAAAGAAAUGGGUUGUGGAUGAAGUACAAAUCAAGAUGGAAUCAUCACCAUUCGAUCGUGGAACAAUGAGGGAGUGCUUUAGACUGAAAAAACUAAGUCAGAGAGGAUCAGGGACAGAAGACUGGCAGCAUACAUCAAAUUACGUGGCUAAACGAUAUAUAGCACCUGUGGAUAAACGGGUUUAUUUCGACGAUGUGCGUCUGCAGAUGGAAGCAAAGUUGUGGGGUGAGGCUUUUAAUCGCCAUAACCCUCCUAAAAAGGUGGACAUUUUUCAGUUGUCCGUUCUUGAGUUGUGUAUUGACAAUACUGUUACUGACGAUAAAAGAAAUUCGUCCCCAAUGUUCCUCCAUAUUGAACGUUACAUGGAAGGUGAAUACCGUAAAUAUAACUCGAACUGUGGCUUCGUUGAUGAGUGUUUGCGCAAUACACCUCAGACGUUUAGUCAUUUCACGUUUGAACGCUCUGGCCACCGACUAUUAGUGGUAGAUAUUCAAGGUGUUGGCGACCUUUACACUGAUCCCCAGAUUCACACUUCAGAUGGUGUGGGUUACAACGACGGCAACCUUGGUGCUAGGGGAAUGGCAUUAUUCUUCCAUAGUCACAGAUGUAAUCCCUUGUGCAAAUGGUUGGGAUUGGCUGAAUUCGAUUUGGCCCCCUCUGAAAUUGGCUCACAAGGUCAUUACUGCCAAACUAAUGAUAUUUUGAAUAAUAUUGAAUCAGAAAUUGACCAGGGUGAAGUGAGUAUAUACGGGCAAAUUCAAAAGUCAAGUUUUCGUCGACGUACAUACAGCUUAAAUACGCAGAUGUUCUCUAAAUCGCCGUCGCAAUUAUUCGGUGCAACUGUUGUCCGCUCAUCCGAAAACAUGUCCACGUCAGCGUUUCCUAAAGCUCGUCGUCGCUGUGCUAGUGCAUCACUUUAUGAUCAAUCCAAAUCUACGGGAAAAAGUGUAGACUGUGGAUUGUCUUCCCAUUCCAUAGAUGAUGAAUUAGCAUUCGACAGCUUUUGUGACCUGAAACUUGAUGAGGCACAGUGUCUCAGCCAUUCUUUUGAAUUACCAAAUGACCUACCCCCAUUGAACGCUUCGAUUUUUGGACAGAGUUAUUCGCAACAGCUAUCUAAAGAAAUAAGUGUAAGAAAUCGCGCCGCAUCUGGUGACUCAGGAUACUAUGGACGAACUAACUUAGUCCAACCAUGUUCUGAAUUGCCUGAUAGUAAAUCUCAAGAAGCUACUGUUGAAUAUCAUCAAGACUAUGGAAACAGUGUCCGUGAUUCUGUUUCUUUGUUGGAUUCACCAAUAUCCGCUUCCCCAAACUAUUCUUUAGGUAUGCGAUCUUUUAUAGAAUCACGUUCAGUGGUUGAUGAACCUUACCCAUUUGGGACAAAUCACUCAAUUCUUGGUCGCAGUAAUUGGGUCAGUAGAAGGCAACGUAAUAUAAGUGAAUCCAGUGAUGUAGAUUCAGAAGAAUGUCAUCGUGUUACAGGAAAUUUGCUUUACCAGCUAAUGCAUGAAAACCACAAGCCCAGUUGUGCCGAUCACCCUACAAAUUUGGAUCAGGAAAUCGGACAUUCCAUUCUAGGACAAAUCCAUCAUGAACUUGCUCGACUUCAUGAAGCUGGACGUUUCAUUCCUUCGAACAAAGGUGGAUGGUCACAUACCGGCUUAGGAGGUCUGGCUGUAAAUCCAAAUGAAGAAUUGGCCGAUCAGGAUAAUUUACAAACAGAUAUCACUAAUGGGAAUGAUGAUGAGACAAAGUGUAACCCACCAGCUUCGAUCGAUUGGUCAGCUGUACUAUUUCACGAACGUCAUGCUGCUCAGUUGGGUUGCUUGGAAGCUAUGAUAGUUAUGGCACAUUAUUAUCUGGGUUUACCAACCCAACUCCUUGAAUGUCCCAUAAAACCUGAUCCAAGUGAUAUUCGGGUUGGUAUCGAUCACCUCUGGCGUGCUGCAGAAGGCGGUGACCGUCGAUGCAUGAUUUUACUUGCUCGUUAUCUAGACAUAUCAGUCAGUCUUUUAAAUACAGGACAUCAAUUAAACUUUAUUACAACCCCGAGUGACAUGUUACUACUCCCGGCUUUACAAGCUUUUGUCAACAGCGAUAACUAUUCAUUGCUUCCAUCCAUUUCUCCCGACUCUUGGUCUGAAGCUAUUGGAUGGUAUAAACGAGCAGUCGAUUGUGCCAUGGAUUCGUCAGCUUCCGGUGAUGGAUGUCCAGAUAAAGGUUUGGAUGCUGAAGGCCGAUAUGACGCUGCUGAAGACUUAUUGCCUGUUUAUCGUAUUUUAGCUCGUAUGGCUGAAAUGUAUUCUGUCGGAGGUUUUGGUCUCAAGCAGAACUUGUCACUAGCAGGGGAUCUUUUUAGCCAGGCUGGAGAAACCGCAUCUUCUGCGUUACAGGGUCGUUUAGCCGCAAGAUAUUUUGAGUUAGCUGAUGAAGCAUAUUUAUCAGCUGAACAAUCAACGAACGAUUAGUUUUUUUUAUUUGAACUUCAUCUAGUUAUGUAAAUAAUUACCUUAGUAUAUUGUAUCUUUUGUCAAAUUCUGCUGAUAUAUCUAAUGGUUCCAUUUGUAUAUCAUUCAAUAUGCUUUUAUUGAAUCACUUUAUUAUGCAUUGUAUUAGGAAUUGUGAUGUUCUAAUUUCACAACUACUUUUCUUUAUGUUUAUUAAGUGAUUUAUUCUACCUUCUACCGGUUGUAUAGCGUUUGGUUGUGCUGUUGCACGCGCAUUCCAAUACAUAUUUUUCCCUUUUAUCUAACAUUUAGAACUUGAAUUUAUUACUAUUGCACUUCUCGUAUAUGACUUCAGCUGUGGUGAACUGUUAUCUCAUAAUAUUUGCUGAACAAAAUGUUGAUAAGAUCCU